AUGGCAGCCCAACCGACUCUCCCCUUCAAUUUCGACCGCUUCGUGGUGAUCCACGUAGCUACCACCUGCGACGAGCAUGGCGUCUACGUCACAAAGGACUCGGCUGAGGUUAUCGAACUGGGCUGGAUUUUGCUUGACGCAAAGAGUCUCGAGGAGAUUCAUCGCGAAAGUGUCCUUGUCAAGCCCAUCAAUACUCCCAUCACUCCUCUCUGCACUAGCUUGACUACUCUCACUUGGGAGCACGUACGAAACGCCGGUACCUUCCGUGAUGCCAUCAAUCGAUUCGAUGCCUUUGCUUCUGAGCACCUGACUUCCCAAAACCUGGACUUUGUCUUCGUGACCCUGGAGGCCUGGGACUUGCGAGUUCAGCUACCCCGUGAAGCUCGAGACAAGGCCGUUGUGCUGCCCCCCUACCUGCAGCACUCACGCACCUUCGACCUCCGCACCGAGUAUCAGAGAUGGCAGCAACACCACCCCGAGUCGCUGCCUUUCGGCCCUUCCUCACUGGCAAACAUUUGCGCGGCUCUAGAGGUCGAGGCGGUCCAGUCAAGUGCUCCUAUCAAGCACAACCUACCUUUCCAUCUGCAAGCACUGGCUCCGGCUUCACCACGCCGUGCCAUGGAGGAAGCAGUCACGCUGGCUAGAGUCCUGCGUGGUCUCGUUCGCAAGUCGCAGCCGCCGCAUGAGCACCCCGAUGUUCUCUCUCGACCGAUGGAUGCUCGUGCCGAUGUCCGAGCUUUUCUGUCUGAGCGAUCCAAGGUUCUCCACAUGUCCGGUCUGCCUCAUGAUACUACUCAAUCUGAGCUUGAGAGCUGGUUCACUCAAUUCGGUGGACGCCCUAUCGCAUUCUGGACGCUACGCACUCCCGAGCAACACAAACCUACCGGCACUGGCUUUGCCGUCUUCUCCUCUCAUGAGGAGGCUGCCGAGAGUUUGUGCAUGAACGGGCGGGCCCUCAACGAGAAAGCCAUUGAGGUCUCUCCAUCAUCAAGCCGUGUGCUGGACCGGGCCGCGGAAAUCUUGACACCAUUCCCUCCCAGCAAGAACCGACCUCGUCCUGGUGACUGGACGUGCCCUUCUUGUGGCUUCUCGAAUUUCCAGCGCCGAACAGCUUGUUUCCGUUGCUCCUUCCCUGCCGUGAGCGCCGGUCCCACUGGCGAUAUGGGCUACGGAGGAUAUGGCGGCGGCGGAGGUGGUUAUGGCCCACCGCAGAUGAUGCCACCACCUCAACACGGACACCACGGCCACAUGGGUCAUGGCGGCGGUGGACGUAUGGGAGGCAGUGGUGUUGUGCCCUUCCGUGCAGGAGAUUGGAAGUGUGGCAAUGAGGUCUGCGGCUACCACAACUUUGCAAAGAACGUAUGCUGCCUUCGUUGCGGCGCCAGCCGUGCCGGAGCUGCCGUCGUUGCCGACUCGGGAUACCCAUCUCCCAUGGAACCACCUUCCAACUACAGCAUGAGCCAGGGCUCAAUGGGCGGUACCCCUGGACCCGGACCAUUCGCUGCUGCGGCUGGUGCCUUCAAUGCUGGUGGGGGCUACGGACAACAAUUCGGUGGUCCACCAAGCACGUACGCACUUCCCUCAGGCUUGGGAGGAGGUGCGGCACCUUAUCCCUCCCUCAACACGCACUUCGGACCUGCUCCUGGCUCCCACUCUGCUGGACCGUUUGACAGUCGAGCCGCUGAAGCUGCCUUCCAGUCCGCCACCAACGGUCCUGCGUCAGCCGGACCAUCCAACAACUUCUAUUCGAACAACGAGAAUGAUCCGUUCGCGUUUCUUUCAUCCGGUAUAAGCAGUCUGUCCGUUGGCAGUGGCGACGCUCGACAGAACGGAGGUGGCGCUCCUCCGAGCAAGUCGCCUGCGUAA